CCCAGCCAGCCUCCAGCCCCCACGCUGCCUCUGUGUGUUGACUGCGUGAGGACCCCGGAGAGGAGACCGCAUCAGGAACAAGUGGGGGGGAGGCACCAGGCGUCCAUCCUCACCCCGUUGAAGCUGAUGAGCAGUGAAGUGGAGCUUCAUCAGCUGUGAUUCUCAACCACUUGGACCAGACUUUUCACGUGCUUCUGUCCCCAUCAUGGACCAGCCGGCCAGCAGCUGCAUGAGGAGCGCCCACACCAGCAGCCCCAUCUGGGGUUGCAUGAGGAACCCUCACUCGGGGGUCCCGGGCCCCAAUCUGCAGUCACCCUACCAGCAGACCCCGUUCUCCCUGCACCAGAAGCCCGACUUUCUGGCCUACACAGACUUCUCCAGCUCCUGCCUGGUGCCGCACGCCGCCUACCCCCGUGACGACAGACUCUACCCGGAGAGCCAGGGAGGGUACCAGAGGCCCGAGUGGCACUUCAACCCCUGCGAGACUAGGGUCCGAGCCCCUGAGGCCUGCCCGCCCGUGGCCGCCCCAGCGGUCGUGGUAGAGGGCGCGGGGCCUGAGCUGGACAGUGUGGGGGCCGAGCGGCUGCCGGGGGCCGUGCCUGGGUGCCCCGAGGGGGAAUAUUCACCCCAGAGCGUGGCCUCCGCCGACUCGGACAAGAAGAGCGCCAACAAAAGAAAGCGAGAGGUCACAGACACGCCGGAGUCCGGCUUUAAGGCGGACGCCAACUGCAAGGCCAGGAAGGAGCGCACGGCGUUCACCAAGGAGCAGCUGAGGGAGUUGGAGGCGGAGUUCACCCACCACAACUACCUGACCAGACUGCGCCGCUACGAGAUCGCCGUCAACCUGGACCUCACCGAGAGACAGGUGAAAGUCUGGUUCCAGAACCGGCGGAUGAAGUGGAAGCGAGUGAAAGGAGGACAGUCGUCUUCGCCCAACGAUUUGGAGAACGACGACAUGGACUCGGCGGCCUCGCCCAGCUCCGACUGAGGUGCCGAGACGGAGGGCGGGGGGAGUCGGGUCAAGAGGGCGCCAGUUUCAAGCUCCGAUCGCCUCACCUCAAAGGAAUCUGAUGUUUUUUUUACACACCUGUGUGCUUUCCCCCGUGUGCAAAGCUGACAUGUGUCCAUCAUGAGAUGGAGCCAUUGGAAGUCAGUGACGUGCAGAAGCUUGGAUGAUCCUUCAGGUUCCUUAAUCCUCAUCUUUCGAGCAGAUGGACUAAGACAUUUAUUGUCAGUUUAUAUAUAUAUAUAUGAAUGUGAGUGUGAAUGGUUGUUUGUCUAUAUGUGCCCUGUGAUUGGCUGGCCACCAGUCCAGGGUGUACCCCGCCUCUCGCCCGAAGACAGCUGGGAUAGGCUCCAGCAACCCCCGCGACCCUCGUGAGGAUAAGCGGUAGA